AUGAACUCAGGAUUCUGGAAUGUGCCGAUAGCGCAGGAGAGCAAGCAUCUCACCGCGUUCGCCACACCGUUUGGACUGUUCGAGUUCAAAGUCAUGCCCUUCGGGAUCAAGAGCUCACCGGCGGAGUUUCAGCGCGCGGUGGACAUGGUGUUCGAGGAGGUGCUGGACGAUCCCACUCCGUGUUACAUCGAUGAUACUUCUACCUCAGGCGAGAUAAGAGCGAGUGGCUCGGGCCCGAAGUAA